ACGUGAUCGCUUUCUCAAUGAAAAGACGUCUCUAGGCUGCAAUGACAGUUUCAUCCCCAAAGCAACAGCAAACGACGAGUGAGCUCACCUCCAGCUGCCCGAGCCAGACCUACCUGUGCCAACCUGUGCUCAUCUGAGCCCCUGCCAGACCAGCACUAUGUGCCCCUGACUCUGCAGCAGAGAAUCGCCCGAGGGACCUGCAGCCAAUGACUCACAACGUUCCGGAUCUGUGACCCGGAGGAGGGGUUGGAUCCCCUGGGGCAGAUGUUUGGACCCCCCCAUUGAUGGCUCCGGCGGGGAAGUGGACUGUGGGAGAUGAGGGGUCGGGGUUCAGCCCAGCAGCUGCAAUGCCAUGGGCAAGAUGGGCAUCUCUCAUCCUCUUUGUGGCUGUGAUUGCAGCUCUGCAGACUCCAGUGCGAGCCUUGGGAGAUUUGACACAGCCACCAGACCAAAGUAUGGCUCCGACGGAAUCGCCCCCAUGGACUUUACAAGGAACGAAGUCUUCCUUCACAGACAGUGGUGUUCUUGACACCAUAGGAAAAGUGCUGGAGAAUACCACCCUGUACAAUAUAUUUUUAUCGCUAUCCAGCAAGAAUACAAAGAACAAUAUCACCCCAGCCUCAGCUGUGCCGAAGAAUGUGUCUAUGCUAACGGGGGAAUAUAAUUCUUCUAUUGAACUGUCGACAAUAUCUUCAUCUCAGUUUUCUGCUCAAGAAGACACUAACUCAGUCCUCUCUACGGGAUCUACUGGUGAAUCAUCAGCAGUUUCAUUAACAGAAAAUGUAACAAGGAGCUCAAGUUCUACAUCAACCAUUUCAACCACGCCAAUGUCUUCAGUGCCCAAAACUCACAAGGUCUCCACAAGUAAUAUGUUCAUCUCAACAACUCUGCAAUCCACUGUACGCUCAGAGCCAAAUACAACCACACUCACUACAACUGCGUUUCCUGAAACAUCCUCAACCGCACAAAAAAGCAUACAUACUCCAACCUCUGUUUUAAUUCCGACCAAGAUAUUAAAUACAACAACGACGCCCCUCAUCGCUACAACACAUACGUCUGAUACUGUGAAGACUGUGUCUCCAGCUUCUAAUGCCACCAGUGUGACUAUAACCAAACCAGCAACUGUACCAACCAUUAAAUCAGAAUUAACAUCUGCACCAACAACAACACAGUCAAUGACUCCCAGUCCAUCACUUACAAGUACAACAUUUGAACCCAGCACUAUUCCAACAACUCCUUUAGCUUUGGAGUGCAAAUUGUCUCCUCGAUCCAUGCUAAAAACAGUUCUAACUCUGCCAGAAUGGCUGCCAGACAAGGACAUGGAGAACGUUGUACAGAACAUGAAGGAAGUCCUUAUGGAUACUCUAUAUCAAGCUUUAAAGCUGCCCAUUCAAGUACUUGUGAACCAGACUUCAAUAACAAUAGCCACAGAUCAGAAAUUCAAGAAUUUGUCUGUUGGAUAUUUUGUGCUGGUGAAUAUUUCGGUUUAUAUCCCUUCCACGAUCACAGACAUUAUUGCGGCCAGUUCUAGUUACGUAGAUAACUUGAUGCGUCAGAUACCGAAUCUUCUCUCUGUGCCCGUCCCCUCUGCACCGUGGGAUCCAGUGCCGGAUUACAUCUACAGGUUGAAGACAGUUCUGAAGUUAAUGGCGACGGCAGGGAACAUCUACACGUGCAGUUAUGUGCAGAGCAUGGAGCAGAGGCUGCGGGUUGCAUAUGACAAGGCAGAAGUGCUAACAACCUACAGGAGCAGCAACCUCACAGUUCAGAUCUUAAACACGUCCCAAAGUGGGCAGCUUCUCACGUUGAUCUAUGUGGUGAAGAACAACAGCUUGUUCUUGAAUGGGACAACAUCUAGCAGCCUCCUCAAUGCUCUCUCUGGAGAAGUGGUGGGCUAUUAUCUUGGGGCCCCCCCAUCAAUCAUUGCAGAACCUCUCUAUUAUCCUAGCAUUGACACCUCGGAUUCCACCAGAGAUUACUGGGUCAAUACAGUGAUAGUCGGAGUGGCCAGUGAUUUCUUGGGAAUAAACAACCAGAGUUUUGCCAGGAUGAUGGAGGGACGAUUGGCCCAACUCUUUCAGACUUCUGGGCAACAAAGAAGAAGAUUUAGGAGAGCGACCACUGUUGGGAGCUACACUGUUCAGAUGGUGAAAAUGCAGCGAGUGGACGGCUCUAACAACCCAGCGGAACUGACCUACUACGCUGAGUACAAUAAAAUUCCCAUAUUGGGGACUGUGGCAGCCAAGCAGCUCAGCACUAUUGAUCCGCAGACCAUGGCCCUGACCCUGGGUUACAUUGUACGAGUGCAAGCAGACCCCGUUGUAAAGAAUCCCCCAAACAAUCUGUGGAUUAUUGCGGCAGUGUUGGCCCCCAUCGCAGUCGUCACCGUGAUCAUCAUCAUCAUCACAGCAGUUCUGUGUCGGAAGAACAAGAAUGACUUCAAAUCAGACAACAUGAGCAACAUCCCCCCUCGGACUAAGCCGGUUCAAGGGUUUGACUAUGCCAAGCAGCAUCUGGGGCAACAAGGAGGGGACGAGGAGGCUCUUCCAGUUACCCAGGAGACUGUCGUGCCCUCACUCAACCUGUCUCAGGAAAGAGACAGCACUCAGGAUGGCAGCACUGAGAAAAUGCUCAAGUCUUCCGAGACCAGGAAAAGCCGGUCGCCCUGUGAGAACGGCUCGAUCAUCAGCAACGAAUCAGAAGAGGCCAGCUCAGACGGGAGCACCCCACCGAAAUCUCUGCCUCAACUCCGAGCGACAAAGGAAGAGUCGUGCAAGCGGAACGGUUUAAGUAAACAAAAGCGCAAGAUUGUGCCUGUAAGUGAUGAAGAAGAGGGGAACAUGCACUUUGACAAGAACACCAAGAUGAUGGUUGAUCCGUUUGAUUCGUCGUCCGGCUCAGUCCAACUUAUUUCAAUCAAACCAGUGUCAAUCCCUCCUUCUCACCUGGUGUCGGAGAGGAAUCAGGAAAUGGCUGCUAUCAAUGGGGAGGUCAACAAAGCUCUGAAACAGAAGUCGGACAUAGAGCACUAUCGCAACAAACUGCGCCUCAAAGCCAAGCGAAAGGGCUACUAUGACUUCCCACCCAUUCUGGACAGCAAGUCCCUUACAGAGAGGAAGAAGAAAAUGUACGAGAAGACUCAGAUGGAGAUAGAUAAUGUUCUGGACGCAGAUACGGACACGUCGUCUCCGUUUGCAGAACCAAAAAACAGGCAACCGUCAAUAAAGAACCACCCAUACCGAAGCAGGCAGUCUCUAAACAGCCCAAGCCCCGGGGAAACGGAAAUGGACCUUCUUGUGACUCGUGAAAGGCCACAACGUGGGAUCCGUAACAGCGGCUAUGAUACGGAACCAGAAAUGAUUGAGGAGACAAAUAUAGACAGGGUCAAGCAGGCCAGAACUUUUAUCAAGUCCCGUCAGGCUAAAGGCCAUUCAGAAACGUCCACGUUGAGCUCCCAGCCGUCCAUUGAUGAAGUCAGGCAGCAGAUGCACAUGUUGUUGGAAGAAGCUUUUAGCUUGGCAUCCACCGGCCACGGAGCUCCAAAGAGGCAACAGGAUCCUUACGCCUCAGCCCAGCACUUGCCGUAUUCUGAAGUUGUGACCAGCGCCCCUGGCACCAUGUCCAGGCCUCGGGUGCAGUGGGUGCCGACCUACAGACCUGAAAUGUAUCAGUAUAGCCUGCCCAGGCCCACUUACCGGUUCUCUCAACUUCCGGAAAUGGUUAUGGGUUCACCCCCACCUCCCAUUCCUCCCAGGACAGGCCCUGUUGCAGUCACUUCUUUACAGAGGUCUACGGCCGAUACGGCGAACAAGAGUUCUCGAGCAGCGGAAGCCGGCGCCAAUGAGCAGGGGCACGGUGAGCAUGGGGGUUUUCCACCGGUUUCAAAGGCGCCGGUGACUGUGGCCCAAGCGGAUCAAUCAGUAUCAAAUUACACAGGUAACUCAGCACCAGCAGUAUUUGCUAUUCCUGGAAACAGAUCAGGAUAUUCCGGUUACUACAUUCCUCAGCCUCCUUCUUCCUACAGAAACCAAGCGUGGAUGUCCUAUUCAGGAGACAAUGAGCUACCGGGACAAUGGGCCGAUUCAGUUCCUCUCCCGGGAUACAUUGAAGCUUACCCAAGAUCUAGAUAUUCCCAGAACUCUCCCUCUCGACUGCCCAGACAGUUUAACCAGUCAGUGAAUGUACAUACAAGCCUUGAGCACACGGCCGGGCCAUCUAUCGGAGCCUCUCAGCAAAGCCUGGUGGACACGGACACCCCAGAUACUUCCAUCACCAACCUUUCCACUGCAGCUCUGGUUAAAGCCAUACGGGAAGAAGUAGCCAAACUGGCCAAAAAACAAACGGAUAUGUUUGAGUUCCAGGUGUAAGGAGGGCGCCUUUAAAACGCUAGGCUUGGGGGAUAGGACGUUAUGGUAUUUGUAUUUUCUUUCUCUGAGAUGUCUAAUUAUAGAUGGAAAAUAUCAGCUGACUCAGUUAAAUGCUUUAUUUGUGUAAAUUAAAGGGGACAUAAAGUGUCAAACAUCCCCUGUCUUAUAACAUAUGCGCCUUGGGUUUAAAGAAAAACAUCUGCUGAUCUGAUUUGCUGACUUAGCCAUGAGAAUAUAGAAAAUGAUUUCUGUUUCUUUAUGUCCCUUCUAUUCCCUUGAUUUUCUCUUAAGAAAAACAGUAACGUUAGCAAAACCUCAUGUAGCUUCAAAUCCCUUUAUUUGCAGACAAUCCGAGACGUAAUAUUUCACCAGAACUUACUGUAAAACGUCAUGUGUGCAGUUAUGACUUCAAUAGGCAUAAUUACCAACCCAAGUGCCCGUUGCAGCCAUGUUUGUUACCCAGAAUUUAGAAUUCCACUGUCUGUGUUGGUCAGCUGUGUGCAAUGUGUGGGACUCUUAGUUCUUAGUCGAUGAGCAAGUCAUGUGAUGCAAUGUGCAAAAGGGAGGCCUGGAAGUGACAUCUCAAGCCGGGUAUAUAUUCCAGGGCAUCCUUGCACAGUGCACCCUAUAUUUUGCACCUUCUGGGCAAUCACGUUUGGACUGGGCCAGUGGGACACCGGGAAAAAACCCGGUGGGCCCUAGCCCUCAAGGGCCUGCUGGCCCAGACCCACAACCAGCAGCUCCUGCACUCCUUUGUGACCUCCCCCCAGGCCCGGAUUUCUUUCUUCGGUGCCCAUAGGCCACCAAGUCUUAGCGUCCACCCGCUUUCAUGCACACCCUAUACCCCCCCCGCGCGAGCACGCAUAUGCGUGCCAGAAUGCUGAGGAGCUGCUGCUCCCCAGCAGGUCCGGACUGAGAAUUAAAAUAGGCCCUGACAUUACAGGUACAUAGAGGCCCAAUCAGCCCACAUAGAGG